GAACGAAUAUUAGUAAAUACAGGCUUCAAGAUCUGGAAAGUUCGGCUUCAACUUUGAGCAAGGCUUAGUUGGCGGAAAAACAACUUCGGUUUCUCCGUCUUUCUGUGAGGGAACCAAGUGUUCUUCGAUCCAACCAACCAACUCAUCCACCUUUUAUUUAUUUAUAUAAAUAAAUUUCACAGCCAAAAUGAUUGUUCCGUCGUUUUCUUCUCGUUACUUUCUUUCCCAUCUCAUACUCCUCAGGCUCAGACAUCACUUCGCUGCUUCUGAUUUCUUCAAUGGCAUCCAUUCUUGCACCCACCUCUGUUUCGAACAAUCUCUCGUCUUCCACGCCCCUAAUUCCACCUAAAACUUCCACGAUCUUUGAUUCUAAGCUGAAAUUUGGGGAAAUUGGGAGGAUCAAUUUGCGGUUAUGCACUAGGAGAAGUUAUACAAUAUAAGAUUACGACUACAAUGCAAGUUUCUGGAUUGACCCUAAGAUAAGCUUGUCUCCAUUUUGCUUUAUUUUAUACGCUGUGCAGUUGUGUAAUUCUUUUGCUCACAUGUCGGUUGCUAUAUGCAGGACGACUCUUAGACUGAAAAUGCAGGGUUCAAGGAAGCCGGUUGGACUAACUGAGGAAUUUGCAAGUGAUCAAGGCCAGGGCAUAGUUGAAGCAGAAAAUGAGUCUUGUUCCUUUGAUGAGUUGAAAGAUCGGUUUCUUUCCUUCAAGAAGCACAAGUACAUGGAUAACUUAGAAUACUUCCAAAGUCUUGCCAAAGGUCAAGCCCCAAAGUUCAUGGUGAUUGCUUGUGCAGACUCUAGAGUUUGUCCCUCGCAUAUCCUGGGAUUUCAGCCAGGUGAGGCAUUCAUGGUUCGUAAUGUUGCGAAUCUGGUCCCACCGUAUGAGGGUGGACCAAUGGAAACAAAUGCUGCUUUAGAAUUUGCUGUAAAUUCUCUUGAAGUCGAAAACAUUUUGGUCAUUGGACAUAGUUGCUGUGGAGGCAUCCGUGCACUUAUGAGCAUGGAAGAUGAAGUGAAUUCAAGUAGCUUUAUUGGAAGUUGGGUCUUUGUUGGGAAGGAUGCUAGGUUAAGCACAAAAUCUUCUGCUUCCAACCUCAGCUUUGACCAGCAGUGCAGACACUGUGAGAAGGAGUCGGUCAACUGUUCGUUGUUGAACCUGCUCACUUACCCAUGGAUAGAAGAAAGGGUUAAGAAGGGAGUGCUCUCCAUACAUGGUGGGUACUAUAACUUUGUUGACUGUACUUUCGAGAAAUGGACACUGGACUAUGAGGCAAGCCAAGUGUACGAGGAGCAUAGAAGAAUUGCAGUCAAAGACAGAUCGUAUUGGUGCUGAGUUCGACUCGUUUCGUGCACUCCUGUGUUGUUCACUUUGUUUUCCUCUGCAUAUUAACUUAAGUUUUCUUUUCGUACUAAUUAUUAAGUGAAUUUGAGAGUGAAAGCAAUCAGUUAAUAAGGUUGUUCUAUUGAAAUAUCAGGAAUGCUAUGUUGUUGUAAUCAUAUGUUUGUUUAAAGAUCAUAAAUAUUCUUGUUGUAAUUCUUCAACUAUAGUAUCAGAAAGAAUUUCUCUGAGACAUGAGAAUAAUC